AUGGUUGAAGUCCCGAAAGCAUACAGGGGAGAUCCACCGUCUCAUUCAAGUGCUUCAACUAUUUCGAGAGGAAUUUCGAAGUUACUUUCGUCUGGAUUGAAGCGAGUUCGAUCACCUACUCCAGAUGGUUGGAGCCAGGAUUGCCUGGAUGGAUAACAACUACCGGGAGUCCAUUAGCCCAGUUGCAAGCCUGGAGACCGGGAGUCCAUCAGCCCAGUUGAACGCCUGACGAUUUGACUCCGGUGAUUCAUAUAUUCAUCCUGCGAUCUACCUGUGUUAGGUUGCGCAAAAGCAUUGCGUGUACUUGCUGAUGACGGGAUAAGCAUGGUGUGAAUCACGGAGUAACUCAACAAAUAUAUAAGUACAAGAGCAGCGGCUUAACAAGAGGAAUCAUAUAUAGACCGGAGUGAGAAGACACGAUGGCAGAGAACAAGAUGGGGCCAAACAUUGGGACUGGGGCUGGAGGUUUUGCCAAACUGGUACAAAAGUCAUUGAAUCGAGCUCAGGAGAAGGUCAUGCAGAAGCUGGGUAAGAACAUGGAGACAAAAGAUGAACAGUUUGAGCAGUACUCCCAGAACCUUCUCAAACAACAGAAUGAUGGCGGCAGGCUAUCUAAAGACGUCAAAGCAUACUUCAGUGCAGUGAAAGUGAUGCAUGAGACUUCCAAGCGACUGUCCCAGACGUUAAGAGAUGUCUACGAACCUGACUGGCAGGGAGGAGAGGACCUAUCUGUCAUCAUGGAGAGUGAGGACUUGCUGUGGAAUGAUUUUGAAGAGAAACUAACAGACCAGAUAGUUCGCACCAUGGAGAAUUACACUGGACAGUUUCAUGAAGUCAAGGAACGAGUAGCCAAACGUGGUCGGAAGCUCGUAGACUACGAUUCCUCACGUCACCACUUGGAGGCGCUGCAGAAUGCCAAGAAGAAAGACGAUGCCAAAAUCACCAAGGCAGAGGAGGAGUUCAACAAAGCCCAGAGUGUGUUUGAGGAAAUCAACAAAGAGAUGAGGGAGGAGCUUCCUGUUCUCUAUCAAAGCCGGAUUGGAUGUUACGUGACCGUCUUUCAAAACAUUUCCAACCUGAGGGACGUCUUCUAUAAGGAAAUGAGUGUGCUGAACCAUGAGCUUUACAGCGUGAUGAAGAAGCUGGAGACUCAGCAUUCAGGAAAAGCUUUUAUCAUCAAGGGCCUUAACAGCACCAAGUCCAAGAAGAGAACAUCCCUGGUCAUCUCAGCGCCCAUCCCCUGUAACACAGCCUUCCCCUCGGAACACACAGCUCUCCACGCAUCCACAGCCCCGGAGAACGGCAAAGAGACCUGUACCCAGAGCAUCCCUGAGGAGCCCGCUGCCAUCUCAGGAGAGGCUAACGAGGGAACUGGCACUGCGUACCCCUGCGUCUUCACCUCCGACCUCUCGGACGAGUUGAGCUCCAACGGCACCACUACACCCAACAGACGGUCGGCGUGUGACAGCGACAACGGGGUCGGGAGUGACGUCGCUUCAGAGGGUCUGAGUGACCUCCAAGAUGGCGGUGCUUUGGAAGAGCAGGGCCUUAGCCAAUUGCAGAACUCCUCUGCCAUAGAAGAGCAGGUUCAAAGUUCAGAGGUGACCUCUGGAGGUGAGGUCAUUACCAGUCAGAAGGCUGUGGCUGAGUCCACAGAGAGCAAAGUCCUACAUGACUCUGACCAGGCUAAUCUUCCAGAGCAUGGCAAAGCCAAGGCUCCACUGCGUCUUGCGCCACAACUUUCCUUACCCCACUCUGAGAGGCACUCCUUCCCCCCUGCAGAGGCCAGCCAAGUGGAGGUGGUGGAAGAGAAGGGAGAAAGAGUUUCCCAGGUGCUGCAGGCAGGUGACACCGAGAGCACUGGAAAUGACUCGGACUCCCAGAAUCCACCUGGUUUCAUUUACAAGGGAGUGGCGCUCGAGGGUCACAUUUCAGAAGACGGCACACUGCAGUAUGACGUGGAAGACCUGAUUCUUAUCCUCGCCGACACAGAGAAGCAGGAAGGCAUGGCCAAGGUGGUGAGGGAGAAGACAUGUAUUGAGCAGGGAGAUCUGCUAGAAUGAGCCAAUUUGUACCUGUCAUUCCUGUCUUCCCCUCGAGCUGUGGUGACCCAUUCAGUGUUCAUGUGCUAGUCAGAACACAUCCGACUUGCUAACUGGUUGUCGUUAUACACGUGCUGCGCUUAACCAGUGAGCAAAUUGGAGUUCCGAUUAGCACAGCGGCACACACAAUGGCAAUGGACGGAGAUGGUAUGGGUGUGGAGGACGUCAUAAGAAGAGAAAGAGGAAAAACAGGAACACAAGCCCUAUUAAUCACACACUUCCAUGUCUCAACUUGUUGGAAGAUAACGAUGAGUGUCAUAUUUACCGAGAGAAUGUUCUUUUGUUAACACGUUUUUGGUAUACUGUAUUUUGGCCUUGUUUGUGUUAACAUUGUGUAAGUCUCGAAACUGUGAAACGUAUAGAAACAUUUUUUUUUUAUUGAUGCCAUUGAAAGAGUUGUAGUUUAAUAAAGUUAUGUGAGAGAGGA